AUGAACUCGACAGACAACGACUUUACAGUUGUUGCUCCCAUCAUGAAGAGAAUCAUAGAAUGUAUUGUCAACGAGACGAUAGAUGCAUCCACCUCAUAUGAUGAAGACUCUCCAUUUGAACGCUCUCUAUGUGCUGCUUGGGAUGUAUGCACUGUUCAAGAAUACGCUUUAGCCAUCAAAGACCAGCAAUUUCAUAGAGCCUUGUUAAAGAUUGUUACAUCCACCUCAAGGCCUAGAACCAGAGAACUGGCAAUGGGCACAUUAGCAAACAUGGCUUGUCACUGGGACUGUGGCAUUGGCCCUUAUUUGAUGGGUGAUAUGGAUGUGCUCAGAUUAUGCCGCUCCAUACUAUGGAACGAGAACGACGCCAGAGUGCUAUUAGAGACAACUCGGCUUUUAAACACAUUUCUAUCAUGCUCUAUAGACACCAGCCAUCAAACAGUGAUUGAACAUGAUAAUCUCACAGAAUUCCUCACACCGGUCUCCAUGGCACCAUCCAUUUUCCACCAAUACACACUGAUCAUAUGCAACACGCUUUAUUCUGAAUUACUGCUGAAAAGCUUGGAACUGAUGACCCGCAUUGUCGUGUAUACAAAUGCAAUCACGCACAGCAUCACUCGACGACGACAGCGGCUUGUUGUGAACACAGACAAUAAGAGAGAUGAGGACGACGAAUUUCGAUUUAUGGAUAAAGCCGAUACACUGGCCUUGGUCAAUUGGGGAGCUGAAAGAUUGGAAGAAGAAGGAAGGGGUGUAGGCAUUGGGAUGGGAUUUCAUCGAGGGGUAGCCAAGAAUGUCAUGCAUCUACUAUGGGCUUUGAUGGCAUAUGGGAUGGUCAGCAUAGCAGAGUGUGGACCCGAAAUGACCCAUGGCUUGGAACAAUCCAUGUCGAGAUUAGUGUCCUACAUACAAGAAGAUGAUAUGGAUACUAGAGUGGAAGAUGAAGAUAUACAAAGCUUGGCUCAAGCAUUGAAUACAAAAUUAUCCAUGGCUAGCUGA